AUGCUGUCCACUCUAUUCCUGCUGCUUUCGGCCAUGAGCCCAACUCUUGCCUGGAUCCCAGUGGAGGACUGGGGGUCUGGUAAUGUGACAUCAUCAGUGGGAAAUUUGGGUGAAUGUGUUUGCCACGUGUACCUGCCCGACACCAUCUUCCCGGCUGAUCGGCUGCAGCACAUGCAGGAUGUUAGCAAGGAUCUGAUCCAGGAAGUGAAAAUUCAAAUGAACAAGAUAAAUACUUAUGAAGGAAGACUGGAGUCCAACUUGGGAGAACUGAAAUUAUUGCUGAAGAGAGUCACCAUCUUGGGCUCAAGUGCUGACGACUACAUCAAACUGGACUUUGAGCUGCUCAGAAUUGAACUCAGAGAAUUUGAAUCUCUGGUGUCUCAGCUCAAAGAUGCCUUCAAUUCCUCCUCACCCAUGUUUGACUCUUUCUAUACCGAGAUCCGCAACAUGACUCUCAUUGUGGACCAACUGGAGACAUACGACAAGAGCAACCUGGAAGUGAUCCGCAUCGAGUUUGCCAAACUGCAGAGGAAGCUAGAGGAAUGCCAGAAGGAACAAGAGUUCUUAAAGCCAGAUAUUGGCAACUGCAAUCACACAGGAAUCGUGAGACUCAGCAAACCCAUAGUUGGCACACUGAACUCUCAUUUGCAGAUAGGUUACAUCUACGGUGGAUGGGGCAAAGACUCCAAACCUCUUAAAGGUUCUGAGUCCAUUUACUUCUACAGUGGGUACAGCAGUACCGCAACAAGUCGGUUCUAUUUUUACCCAGACUAUAAACACCUGCUUCUGAUGUCAUCAUCUGGUUACAUUGACUUUGCUGCUGGUUAUGGAGGCUAUGGUAACAAUUACAUUGUUCACGCUAACAGCAUUUAUUAUCAGAGACAAUCGCCCUUUAGUAUGGGCAAGUUCAAUCGUACCGAUAACACGUAUGAUUCAAGAGUGAUCCCAUCGGCCAGUACGGCCUUCUCAUACAGUUACUCAGAUACCCAGAACAUGGAUUUUGCAGCAGAUGAAAAAGGAUUGUGGGUAAUGUAUGCCUCAGAUGAAAGCAAAGGUAAAAUAGUCAUCGCAAAGAUUAACGAGAAAGGCUUCGGCGUUGAGAAAGUAUGGAACACGGCUGCGUUCAAACAGAUGACCGGCAACGCCUUCAUGGCUUGCGGAGUUAUGUACGCCACUAGGCAGGUGGACUUCAACACCGAGGAGAUCUACUACGCCUUCGACACAAACGACGGUGAGGGGAAACACCUCAGCAUUCAGUUUCCCAAGUUCCAGGAGAAAUAUUCCAGCCUGGACUACAACCCCACCGAUCAGCUCCUCUACAUGUAUAACAACGGCUAUUACGUGUCGUACCAUGUCAAGUUUGACAUGGCGUAA